CGGACGACGACGACGACGACGAGUGGUACGCAAUACACGUGCGAAUCGCGUUUACGUUCUCUUUCCCGUAGUACACGCGCGUCUUCUCCUCUCCCGCGCGCCGCCGAACUGACCGAAACAGCAGCCGGCGGCGUUAAUGUCACCGGCACGCGACUGCGGGUUUCGUUUUCUCAUUCGAUUCUCGCGAGUGCAACAGCGCGCACGCCGUGCCCCGAGAACGCCGUCGCCGGAACCGUUAUACGCCGCCGCCGGCCGUCAUUGAAAAUAUAAUCCUCUCACUCUGAUAGUAAAAUAAUACGCGUUCGAGGUCAGAGAUCAACAAUUAUUACCACUGUGCCGGAGAGCAGUGCGUGGUGCAGGCGCGCCCGUACAACAUUAGUCGCAUUGUGACGGUUACAGUACGAAUCGUGUAACCGGCAGCUCCGCGUUAACCGUAUAGUGCCCCUCGUACGGUGUCCGAGCGAAGACGAGUCGCGUUGUUCGCCUUAUGCCCGCGGGAAUAAAAAUUGAAAAAAAAUAAAGAAAAGCAGCAGUCAAGCAACGAACGCCACCGACACACACGGUAUUGCGCAGGCCAGAAAGGUUCGUCUACGAUCCCGCGAUCUUACGAACCGACACCGCUGCUGGAUGUCAUGUAGUCGACAGCAGCCGUGCACGAGAACACACAGCGUACGCACGCACCUUGCACGUACACGUCGUCCACCGCGGGAGUGCACCGAUAAACCGCGGCCCGAAAUGUCGUCGUUCGCCCGACGUCCUGCCGCGCCGCCGCUCGUGCGGCUGCUGCUGCUGCUGCUGCUCCAGGUCUUUUGCGCGGUGCGCGCCGUCAAGAGCCCGACCAAGUCGUACACCGGGUACAAGGUGAACCCGUCGUCGCUACGCAUGAUCUACUACCACGACCAGACCAUAGCCGUGGUCGAGAUCGGCGAGGGCAAGUCGCUGCUCAACUGCGAGCUCAUCGAGAUCUAUAACGACGAAGAAGGCAAAGUAAUGCUGAAAAAUUUGACGAGGAUCAACAAGCCGUUACCAAUCAAUUUGAGUCAAAUGAUGAAUCUAAUAAGCCAAUGCGAUCUAUUAGACCCACACCAAGUGAAUCCGGAAGAAAUUAAAUUGCGUUCGAUCGGCUCUUCCGGUGGUGAAACGGACUCGAACGGAAUCCAAACGACUACGUCCAACUCAUUGUACUCGGGAAUAUUGCCAGGCACAAAAUGGUGUGGCAGUGGUGAUUUAGCGACUUCAUAUUUCGAUUUAGGUCCAGAAGUGAAAUUGGAUAUGUGUUGCAGAACGCACGAUCUAUGUCCAUCAAAAGUCAGAUCAUAUGCUACCAGAUACAAUGUUACCAACAACUCAAUGUAUACAAAAUCGCAUUGUAUAUGUGACAAAACAUUUUUCAACUGUUUGAAAAAAGCAAAUCAUCCAACGGGAGAUCUCAUGGGGAGCAUUUACUUUAAUAUACUUCGCGUACCAUGCUUAGACGAAAAAGACGGGAAAACUGUAUUUAAACUACCACCUCAAUACUAAUUUUAUUUGUGAAUUAGUGAAGAGAAGAUACACUUGUUAUCAAUUUGAAACAAUAUGUUAAUAAUUGUACCUAUAAAAAUAUUAACAAAAUAUAAAUUGUACAUUAUAUCAAAUAAACAAA